CUGUCCCCAGUAUGUGGAAGAUCCGUCGUGCCACGCUGGUCUCAGCCCUGUCACUGUACUACAACAGACCAUGUGUGGUCUCAGCCACCUCCACUCACUAAACAUAGUCCACAGGGAUCUGAAGCCUCGUAACAUCCUGUUGUCUCAGCCAGGGCCCCUGGGGCGGGUGAGAGCGCUGAUAUCAGACUUCGGCCUGUGUAAAAGAUCCCUGAGGGAAGGACUAGUUUCUCUCUCCGCUCGGGGAUACCGGGGACAGAGGGGUGGAUCGCCCCAGAAGUACUGCUGGACACACCGGGACACAACCCGACCCGUUGUGACCAGGCGGUGGAUGUGUUCUCGGCAGGCUGUGUGUUCUACUACGUGGUCAGUAGGGGCAGCACCCGUUUGGUGA